AUGUCACGAACUUCGAACUUGGAGUUCGUUCAAGAUCCGAACCUUAACACCCAUAACAUAUUGCAAGAUCAACUCACACGGAGACCAGGAACGAAACACCCAGAACACCACUCCUCAAACCUUGAAAAUCAACUCAGAAAACUCUCCUCUCAAACCUUGAAAAUCAACUCCCUUGAACCUUGUCUAUCCUACCUCUCAACCUUGUUACUCACAGCCCUGCAUCCCUCUUUACCUCUCACAGUACUCACAGGACCCCCAGGAGACCCUCAGGCCCCCCAGGAGUCGUUUGUUAGCGUUGGAUCGUCGCGGAUCGUUGAUUUACAUCGACCCUCGGAGACCCCCACGCGCCCUCGGUUUCGCCUCGGAACGCUCGGAAACCGCUCCGGAACGCUCCUAGACCUCCCUGGAACCCCCCAGGCCCGCCGUUUACUUUUAGACGUCCUAGACGGACCGGAUCGUCGUCGGACGCUUCAGAAAGAAGCCCCCGAGCCCCUAGACUCCCCAGGACCUCUCCAUCCCAUCGGAGAAGCCCUAGAGCGCAGCGAAGCGCCGCAAAGCACUCCAGAGCGCAGCGAAGCGCAACGACGCACCCCAGAGCCCCUAGAAGCCCACCAGAGCGCCUCAGGACGCCCCUGA